AGAAAUGAUUAAAAUAGAAAGAAAAAAAAAGGAAGCAGCAAUAAUUAAUAGCAGCAGCAGCAGAUCUCCUUCCUUUUAAUGCUUGCUUCAGCUUAUUACUAACUCUUGAAAUUUCUGGUUUCUGUUUCAAGCCUAUUUUCUUCUUCUUCUUCUUCUUCUUCUUCUUCAUGCGUUGAAGCUUGAGAAAAAGAAGAUCAUGAAUUUCCUAAUUGGAGCUUUCAAGCCGCCAUGUAUCAUUUCAAUUAUUUUUGCUGAUGGAAGAACUCGCAAACAGGUUCCAUUAAAGAAGGAGAAUGGACAAUCAGUUUUGGUUCCUCUCUUUCAAAGUCAAGAAAACAUUGUUGGAGAGGUUGCUGUAGAACCACUUCAGGGAAAGAAGCUUGAGCAUACUGGUAUUAAAAUUGAGCUGCUUGGUCAGAUAGAGUUAUACUUUGACCGAGGCAACUUUUAUGAUUUUACAUCUCUAGUUCGUGAACUUGACAUUCCUGGUGAGCUAUAUGAAAGAAAAACAUACCCAUUCGAAUUUUCCACAGUUGAAAUGCCAUAUGAGUCUUACAAUGGAGUGAACGUGAGGCUUAGGUAUAUAUUGAAAGUGACAGUCAGUCGAAACUAUGUUAGCAACAUUGUAGAGUACCAAGAUUUUGUGGUACGUAACUACUCCCCUCCACCGUCAGUCAAUAACAGCAUUAAGAUGGAAGUUGGAAUCGAGGACUGCCUUCAUAUCGAGUUUGAGUACAGUAAAAGCAAGUACCAUUUGAAGGACGUCAUUGUUGGCAAAAUAUAUUUUCUUCUGGUAAGAAUUAAGAUUAAAAAUAUGGAGCUUGAGAUCAGGCGCCGGGAGUCUACAGGAUCAGGGCCAAAUACAUAUGUUGAGACAGAAACCCUUGCAAAAUUUGAGUUGAUGGACGGUGCUCCUGUCAGAGGAGAAUCAAUUCCAACCAGGCUGUUUCUAAGUCCAUAUGAGUUGACACCCACAUAUCGCAACAUCAAUAACAAAUUCAGUGUGAAGUACUACUUGAACCUUGUUCUAGUUGAUGAAGAGGAUAGACGAUAUUUCAAGCAGCAAGAAAUCACAAUUUAUCGGCUUCUUGAAAAUUCUUGAUCAUUUUUAAUGAGAAGCUGGCAGCCUGAGACUAUUUCAGUUGAGAAAAAGAAGCAGCACUUUAAUGUUGCCAUUUGAAGGCUUCGUUUACCAUCUUGAUGGAUUAAAGGAGGGGUGGGUGGGUCUGGGGUUCAUGGAGAGCUUUUUCCUUGAUUUGCAUGGAGUUUGUUCCAAGUUCCAACGACAUGCUUGUUCUUGAUUAGUGCCAAACCUUUAGAAUGAUGGGAACCCAGUACCUGAUUUAACACCUCAUGUUUAGUUUUGAUUUUUUGUGAAAAUUAUUUGUAUCGAUUUGGUUCUUCUCUUUUUCAUUUAUUUCCUUCUGAUUAGCUGGUCAAUUGUGUUAAACUUGGUAAAACUGAGACAGAUUGAUAUAAAUUUGUUCUCUCAAAAUUAUCUGUUCAGUAAUA